CAACGCCAUCGCCUUUCCUGCCCGUGUUCUCUCUUUGGCCGCCGCUUCGCGCCUGUAUAAUACUGUCUUUCCUUGCACUGUGCAUUUCCGGAGUUUGUGCCUUUCCAAUUGGCCCCCUUUCACUGUUGCCACCCACACAAGGCAUGCGAAGCUGCGAUCGCCUCUCCCGUGUCUCGAGCUCUUCCCAGCCCUCGUCCGCAACCAUCGCGCGCGCACAUCGCCACAGACCCCAGCAAUCCUAGCGGCGUCAUCUGCUGCGCUCCUGACGCGGCGGGUGAUGCUUGAGCGGGCUUCGACAUGCCUCGAAUCCGGCGGCCGACAGCUCCUCCGAGCUCCCAAACCGUGCCUGCGGACCCGGCGCAUGCUCCACUCCUCCUUCUGGCACCACGGUGCGAGCGACCUGGCGUUACCCUCAUGGUGGGCCGCUUCGACAGUCCCAGAUCACACCGCCGGUGACGUUGACGAUUCCGGACGGAGCAGACCGACAACAAGGUCCUACGAGGGGCCGCUUCUCGAGUUUCUAUACCCCGAGAAGACACUCGCUUUCAUACGGAGACUGUCUUCAUAUGGACCCGACGCGGCUGAGAUACGCAGGAGGGGCAUGUUGGGUGCUGGAACGCGACAGUAUUCCACUUCUCAGUGGCAACCAUCGAGCGAAGAGCCUGUGGACGAUCUGGAAACAUUGCAAGCCAAAGAGGAGAUGCAAGAGCUCCUACUAGAGAGUGCUCCUGACGAGGCACUCCGGAAGCUUCUUUGGUCGAAAGAAGCUGAUAAGCAAGAGUUGGCCUGGCAGUUAUAUUCCGCAUCGGUCGAUACCUCUUUCUCUACUGACUUCAUCUGCGAUCUCCUCGACUAUCUGGACAACAACAUCUGUUCCCGCACCGCAAACCGGAUACUGCAAUUGUUCGAACGCAUUCCCCCGGAACAUCGGCGCGCAUCAUCGUAUCGCUUGGCCGUGAAUGCGUAUGUGGCUCUCAAAAUGAUUGGACCUGCGAUACAGCAUUUGGAGGAAGCUUCCGAGCGAUUCGAUCCGACACGUGCUGGCAUCGAUGUAGUGCUGAAGAAAACAAUUCAGGACGACCAGUGGGAUCUCAGUCUCCGUGUCUUCAAGGGGUUUCUGAGAUGGGCAGAGCGCAACAACAUUAAAGUCAGCGAAUGGCACAAAACGGCGGCCCACGGUCAGAAACACUGGGACAACUGGGGUCCAUUAUUUGGCCAGGCUCAGGAUGUUUUGGAGCCAAGGGAGCAUCUACGCAACUUCUUCAGCUACGUUAACCAGUUCCAACACGAACUCAACUCCACCACGGAAAAUACAGAAGCCCUGCAACUGUUCGUUCAUGGUUACGUGCCUGGCGUCAUGUGGGAAGUGGUCAACAUGCCAGAACCGGACGAAGAAUAUAUCUAUAACUUCUUCACCGGCCUGUUCAAGGACCUUCACGCUCUCAAUCUUCCCAUGGGACCACUUUACGAGUAUAUUAUCCCGGCAUUUUUGCAAAUACCCCGUUACCAAGGGUACACACGCAAACGGAAGAUAUUCCUCGAUUUGUACACGACUUGGCGCCAGCACGCUCUAGACGGUCACUGCCGUCGACCGUCGCGUUCCGUGAUGCAUACGCUCAUUAUUCAGCAUGCUAGACAUCUUAGCUACGACCGGGUCGACGCCAUGGUAGAAGACCUAAAAUCAUUCCAUGCACGUGAGCCGUUCAAUGUCGCAGUAUUAUACAGCCUCAUACAUUUAUAUGCUCGAGGUGGAUUGGUCGAUCGAGUUCACGAGUGUUUCGACAUUCUCCGGAUGCGAUUCCCAUCUGCAGUUGAUCUACACAUUCUUACCUCCUUACCAUACGCUUACGCUCGGCGAAUUGAUGUGCCCGGCGCAAUCGCACAAUUCAAACGCAUCACCGACGAGUUCAACUUGGUGCCCAACACGGCAAGUUGGAACGCCUUGUUACUUGCGUUCACUCGUGCAGAUGAUCUCGAUGGGGCUCUGGAAUGCUUCAAUAAUUGUCUAGAGUCAGGAGCGAAGCCUGAUGUCUUCACUUUUGGCCCCAUGCUAGAUCUGUGCGCUGCCAGAGGAGACAUUGAAGCGUUUGAAGCACUGUUCUCCAGAGCGAAACAGCUCGACGUCCCUCUUGAGACCGACAGACGGGCGAGAUCAGGAUAUGUUCAAGCGUUUCUAAAUGCUGGCGACAUAGACGGUGCUGAACAGGUCGCCUUGGGCAUACUUAGAAGUUGGAAAGCUGGCACCCUUGGCGACGUUGAAAUCACUCACGUGUGGAACAUGCUCAUUACCCACCAUGCUUUAGGCGGAGGACUGACUGACGCUCGACGCCUCUACCAAGAGAUGAAGGAUUUCGACAUACCUCUGGAUUCCUGGACCUACGGAGCCCUCAUGCGCGCAUUCAUCGAAGCGAGGCAGACGAAUGGCGCUUUCAAGAUCCUGAGAAACACAAUGCCGAAUGAGAAUAUGCGUGUCUAUGCUUUCCACUACGCUAUUUGCAUAAGUGGGUUCCUACGGGAGGGUCAACCUCAGCGAGCCAAAGCCGUGUAUGAACGGAUGAAGCACGUGCGACUCCACCAAACGCCAAGUUUACGGCAGAUGGGAUUGCUCUUUAAGGGAACGGAGGAACUUUUGAAGCUAAGAGCUGAGAAUGUGAAAGAUUCCAAAGCCCGCCUGGUCGGUGUGGAAGAGGAAUUGAGGCAAAGCCUCUUGUCCGACUACGGCCACGAAAUCGCCAACGAUGAACCUUCACAUAAACGCUACAUCGAUUCGCCCGAACUGAGUAAUGUUCCCCAAAGCUACUUUUCCGUUCUCAUUUUGCUAUACACUACCCGCGGUGCGCUCGAGGUAGCCAAGGAGCUUAUCGAAAAGGCAUCUAAAGUGCCAAUCGAUGACCAAAACUACUCCGCCCCCAUCAUCCUUCUUUCCACCAUCAUGGAAACCCACUACAGGGCCGGCGAACAUGAGGAAAUUGAGCGAUGCUGGGAGCUUGUCUUCCGAGAAGCCAGCCGCCUCGCCAAGACUUUUAGCCAGGUCAUGUCCCCCGAGCCACCAACUCCAACAUUCGACGCCAUCACCGAUCCCGCCGUUCUGGAGCGCUUCAACGCGUCACGGAUUGCGAUGAACCGGCGUCAGGUCUUGUUCCGUGCUGCGCGGGUCUAUAUUCGUUCGCUGAUGCAACAAGACACGCCCGAGGCACUGCAGAAAGCGCAGCGCACAAUCAACAGCUUGCUUUCUAACGGCUUCAUCGUCGACAACCUCACCUGGAACGAACUAAUCCAGCACCUCGCGACCCGCAACCGCGUCAUCGAUGCCUUCUCCGCCUGCGAGAUGUACCUCAUGCCGCAGUUCCCGGGUUGGGCGUUCCUGCACCCCAUGUUGAUCCGCAAGUUCCAACCCGGCUACUCCUUCAUGGAGCUCCGGCAUUUUGACAUGAAGAGAGGCAGCGUACUACCGCGUUACAAGACACUGGUGGUUCUAGCGGCCACGUACGCGAAGGUGCGAAGAGACGAGUCGAACGGCAUAGGAUUCAAUCCCGACAUGGGUGGCUGGGUGAGAGAGGUGGUGGAGCAAAUUGCGCCCGAUACAGUUAGGGCUAUUGAGACGAUGCCGAGGACGGGAGAUAAGUUGCAGAUGCAGUAUCUCGUGUAAGAUAUGUACGAUGGCUGAGUUAAUGUCUGUAUCUAUACUACUUUUACUUGUGUAUAUAUGCGGAAGACCUUGUAUUAGACAUGUGCUGUACGAUGUGUAAAUAGAUCUACGGAAAGAUAUUCG